ACCCGUGAGCCUCCAUCACCUUCCCAUUUCUUCUCCAAUACUGAUUCGAAGCACCAUGCUUGACGAACAGAGCUUGAUCUUUCUCAUCACCGUCGAGUAUCUGUUCCAGUGAUGCUACCAUAUGAAUGAACUUUCAUGGCAGCGACAUAAGGAACUUCUUUACUAGUUUGGAUUCGUCGAUUACAGAUCCUAAUGUUGCCGAUUUUGAAGAAAUUCUAGACAAAUUUCCAGAGAAACUGUCGAUCGUCUAUGAUUCGUUCAUCCUGAGCCGAUCGAAUUCGACACUUAGGGUUUGAAGACGGGCCUCCUUUACACGAUCAACCCCAAUGUGUCGAGCCUUGAUUGCGUCCUAGAGCGCUUUUGCAGAAUCCACAUCACCGAUCUGCAUAAUCAGGGAUUCGGGGAUUGCCUGAUACAAAAGCCCCAUUGCUAGGUAGUUUUUCUCUUCAUUGUCUUCUGUUCCAGGGUCAAUUACACUCCAUGCCUUAUGAAUUCUUAACACAACCUUCAUACGCAAGGACCAAACUGUGUAAUUUGUGGAAUUAAGCAUGGGACAUUGAACCGAGGUGGCUCCCAUCUCCUUCUCCCUUACCGGAGCACCGCCUGAAGACCCUUCAUCUCCUGCCAUGUCGACCACCUUGUUCAAUAAACUACAACGUCUCUAUUCUCGUCUCCAACAACAAGCCGUAACACUCACUCCCUUAUGUGAUUUCAUUGUCUCCGACAAUAAUGGGCGUCGAUUUUGGGGAUGUCCUGAGACGAAUUCAAUAUGUGGGUUUAUUGGCUGGUAUGAGGAACCCAUGUUUGCUCAUUCCAAAGCUAUAAUACCAGGGCUGCUUAGGAAAAUCAAUAAGCUGCAAAAAGUAGUGGAAGAUAUCAAAGAACAAGCAACUAAGCAUGAAAGAGCAGUAGAGAAGAUCAAAGAACAAGCAACUAUGCUGAAGUAUUACCUAGUUUAUAGCUGGAUCUUUUUUGCUGUUGUUUCGGUGUUCAUGUUGUAAGUCCAAAAAUGUUAGGGUUAUCUUUUGUAGAAAGUUAGGGUUAUAUGCAAGGUAAUGUAACUAGUUUGUUUUUUUUUUUGUCAAAAAAUGGGAAAUGUAACUGGUUUGGGUAGGU